AUGGAUUAUGUUGAGUCCAUGGAUCAAACAAAAACAUCCUCAAAUUCCUCGUUAUCAUUACCAAAUUAUCAACAUAAUCGAUAUUUAUUUAUCAUUAAAGCAUUAUCAAUUUAUGCUCUAGUUUUAGUUAUUAUCGGCACAUUGGGUAAUUGUCUAUCGAUUGUCGUUCUGUUACGACGAAAUUUAAGACGAUAUGUGACAAUGAGAUAUUUGAUUGCUGUUAGUGUGGCUGAUACUAUUUCAUUGUAUGGAUGGAAUUUAAAUAAUUUUUACAAAUUUACAAUUAGUCCAGGUCAAGAUAAUUUAGAAGAAUUAUCAAUAUUUCAUUGCCGUGCCGUAUCGUUUAUGUCAUUUGUCGGUUUGCAAUUAUCGUCGUGGUGUUUAACAGCAGUUAGUGUAGAUCGUUGUCUGAGUUUAUAUUCAAUGUCUUGGAAACAGAUGUGUGGUAAACCGACAUAUGCCGUAUACCAUAUACUCAUUUUAACAUCUUUCUGUCUCCUACUCAAUUGUCACAUCUUGUUUAAAAAUGGUUAUCGUAUUGAUAAUUCGUCAUGUAUAAAAGAUUGUGUUAUCUGUUACCAAACACGAACAAAUUCUAAAUAUAUUUUUCCCAAUUGGGAACGUGUUCAUCUUAUUGUCUAUAAUUUGUGUCCAUUUAUUAUCAUGUGUAUUUGCAAUACUUAUAUUAUCUAUAUUAGUAUUAAUUCAUCUCGUAUAAAAACAAAAUCAUGUCGAUCUCAAAAUCAACUUCGACAAAUAACGAUUAUGUUAAUAGCAGUAACAUUUGCAUUUAUGGUUUUAACAUUACCCGCAUGUAUUUAUUUCGUAUUUUUUCGUCAUAAUAUGUCUCAUUAUCCACGUCUCUAUCGUUAUAUGAUUCAAAUUAUUCUUGUUAGUAUUCAAUUUACAAGUCAUGCUAUUAAUUUUUUUCUCUAUUGUUUUACGGCAACCAACUUUAGACAUGAACUAUGCGCCAUUUUGCAACGAAAAGACCAAACAUAUAUUCCACAAAUGCAAUUGACGAUGCGUACAUUUCGGCGACCGAAAGAAAAAGAUAAUGAUGGAGCAAUAGUAGAAUGCAAGAAAACUGAAAAUAAUAAUAAUAUUAAUAAUGAGUGUAUACUUUUAUCACAAGAACAAGAAGUAGAGAAUAAGCGACAAAUUAAAGAACAUUCCACUGAUAAUAUAGAGUACGAAAAUUCAAAUUAG